AUGUCUACACACAACUUCCUUACAGCAAUCAUGGAUAAAAACAAUUCUUCAUGUGUAUACGACGAUGUAGUGAAAGACUACAUGUACCCAACUGUUUACUCUCUCUUUUUCAUCAUUGGACUUCCAGGUAACUGUUUGUCAUUGUAUGUAGCAUGGGUUCAAAUGCAAAAGGGAAACAGCCUGGCAGUCUACCUGGUCAAUCUGUCUAUUUCUGACUUGUUAUAUACCAUCACCUUGCCUGUAUGGAUCAUGCUAGCUAAGAAUCACACAGUGAACGAUACCCUCUGCAGCCUCAUCGCAGUGAUCAUGUACAACAGCUUCUAUGUGGGUUCAGGACUGCUCUGCUGUAUCUCUAUGGACCGCUACCUUGCUGUGGUUUAUCCUCUCUACUUUGCCAGAGCACAUAAGGUGCAAACAGCAGCCUUGGUGAGCAUGUUUGUAUGGCUCAUAGAGCUCUCUCUGCAGAUUGGCUUCCUGGCAUACACAGAUGACCUGCAGGAAUUCUCUUUCAGCCGACUAUGUGAUACGCAGAUACCUAUGGACUCACACAGCUCCCACGUGGCUAUUAUUCGGGUUGUACUGUCCUUUCUUAUCCCUUUGUUCCUGAUGGCUUUCUGUUUUCACCAGAUAAUGAGGUCUCUCCGAGAAAGUGUAUCCACAGUGGCUAGCGAGCGUGAGAAGAUCCGAAAACUGCUGUGCCUUCUCUUGGUUGUAUACAUGGUUUCAUUCACCCCCUACCAGGUUGUCAUGCUUGUCAUGGGGUUGUUAGAAAAGAAAAAUUGUGACAUUGCCAAUCAACUAAGAAACUGGUACAUGGUGUUUGUUGCAACCACAACAAUUAAUAGUGUAUUAGAUCCAAUUGUGUAUUGUUUAAUAACUGAAAGUGCCAAGGCAGAGAUCAUAAGGGUUUAUAAGGUGUGUCAGGGUCAGUUAUCACGUGUUGUUUCUGUAAUGAGUUUUUCCUCCACUAACGAUUGCUAAUAAUACAAUACUUUUUAUUGUUGUAAUAUUAUUAUAUGAUAUUGUGUGAUAUUGUUUUUCAAAUUACCAUAUAAAGUCUAUGACCUUCUGAUCUAAUGCAAUAAAAGCAACAACAUUUACUGUAAUUUUGCAAACCACUUUGAUUUUUGACUGUUUUGAAACUGUUCUGAAUAUGCCUUCACUGGACUUCAUGUGAAUUUUAACUAGCAAUUUGUUUGAUGUUUGGUGAUAAGAAUGCAAAAAUGUCUACCACACUGAUGAAUGUAAAGUAAGCAUAGUCCUUUUGUUGAUUGCUAAAGCACAAUUAUUAUUAUUAUUAUUAUUA